AUGGCCACAAUCGCGGGCGUUGACCGUCCAACCCAUCCAGACCAUCCGUCCCCCUCAGUCAGCUCGACCACCGACUCUGGCAGUCGUGGUUCUGACAGAUCCUCCUCCCCCUACCGCCUCGUCCGCACCCCGUCUUACGAGUCGGACGACGAUAAUGACAGCCGUUUCUCCCUCAUCAUACACAGGACGGCGGAAGAAAUCCACGAGUUCAUGAAGGAACAGCGCCUGUUGCGAGACAAGCAAGGCGAUGCAGUUAGUAACUCCAUUUCUCCUGACUCCAGUUUCAGCCAGGGCAAUUCUGCGUCCGCCGAGAGCCAAGAUGAGGACAUGACCGAAGAGGAGUUCUUCGCCCAGUUCGGUGAAGAAGUGCCAGACUGGGCAAAGCAACCCCUCGGCGCCGCGCCACAAGAUCACGGCGCCGGCUGCGGUGAUGACCUCAUAGAGCUAGGCGACAACGACAUUGAGGCACAGCUCAGCGCUGAGAUCACAGCAGUACCCGACAACGGUUACGAUGACGACGAAAUCAUGGAGCUGAGCGCAGAGGCGUUCGAAGCCCAGUGCGGCGCCAGAGCCGCGGCCGUGCCAGCCGCCGACGAGGACGAGGAGGACGAGGCUCGUGAGGCGCGGCUAGAUGCUGAGAUCGGAGCGGAGCCCGUGGUUGACCAUGCCGCUGUCGCCGCAAAGCAACGCGCAGUACGCCGCAGGCGCAAAGCGCGCAAGGACAGGUACAGGAAGAGGCGUGCCCCAGGAAAAGGUGGCAGGCGCGGUGGUUUCAAGUCAUGGGUCGGCCGCAAGCAUCGGGCGCCAGAGGUCCAACUCGACCAGCCAGACAAUCUGACCGCCCCUACCACCGAGGAUCUUGAAGCCGCGCUCGACGCCGAGCUCGCCGGUGACAAUCUAAUCGACCUGACCACAGAGGAGCUUGAAGCCGAGCUCGAUGCUGAGCCCGCCGGAGCUGAUCUGAACGACCUGACCACCGAGGACCUCGAGGCCCAGCUCAACGCUGAGCUGGCGGGGGACACAAGCGCAGCCGACGGUGCAUCUGUCGACAGGGCCAGCAACGCUCCCAAAGUCGCAUCUUGGGAAGCGUGGACAGACCGUUCCCAAUUCCAGCAACCCAAAGCAAGUGCCGCGCUCGAGAUCAGGGAGGUGAAGCUUGCCGAAAGGCGAGCCACCAACAACCAUGGGCCCCUCCGACAACGCCUCGGACGCCACCAGCCUCCCCCGAUGCGCACGAAUGAUGCGCUGCCAAAGGUCUACCACCGGCAAAACCCAAUCGACUGGACACCACUGCGAAAGGCAAUCAACCUGACCACCCGAGUUGACCUCAACACCUGUUACAAGGCGCUGGGCCUCGACUCCCUCCGCGGCAAGGCAAUCUACGAACGCCUGAAGGCAUACCUGCGCGUCCCCGGCAACUCGGUCAACCUCACAAACGUGCAGCCGAACGACGCCAAAAGGACCAUGGCCAGGAUCGCCCACAGGCUCCUGGUCAACGAGGGCUGGGGCAUGGAACACUUCAAAAUGCCCUCCCUGUCGUCCGCGGUCAAGUUCAUCCCGUUCGAGACCAACUCCACCGAGGUCUUCCUCGAGUUCACUUCCCUCCUCUACAAGGCUAUGAAACUUGAAGAGAAGCGGAAGAAGGGCAGGGCAAAGACACAGGAGAUGAGGGAGGCCAACGCCGUCGUCCAGCACCAGGCGGCCCAGAACGUCGCCGCCACGACGUACCAGUCGCCGCGGGCCGUCGCUCGUCCCCCUCCCCCUCCCCCUUCUGCUCGUACUCGUACUCCUGCUCGUGCUCGUGCUCCCAAUCCUGCGCCUCCUCGCCCUCGUUUCUCGACCGCGCCCAACGGCGGUGUGAACCCGGUGUGGGCGAGGCUUGGUCUGCUGGGGUAG